GUACCAGCCCUCACAACCCAAUUUCUGGCGGCUUUUGUUCCAUGCGUUGUAUGUUCCGUACUACACCCUACCCUCUGUUUGUAGGGCUCAAGUUCAAGUUCUAGUGGGACUGGAACGAUAGGAUGAAUCCCCUACCCCAUUUUCAUGUUCCCCGGAAGCAGUGUACGUCGGCCGGAAGGCGCCAAUUCAAGAAUGCGGAUAAAAGCAUUUGCAAAUUCGAUGGAUGAGCGCCUCGUGAAUCAGAUAUGGGAGCAAUUAAAAAUGGCUAUUAUCGAAAUCCAAAAGAAAAACAACAGCGGUUUGAGUUUCGAAGAGCUCUAUCGGAAUGCAUAUACUUUAGUAUUACAGAAACACGGCGAGCGCCUGUAUGCAGGUACUAAGGCUCUGGUAUCUGAGCACAUGAUCCGCGUCCGCGACAGUAUAGUGGAUAAUUUGAAUAACAAGUUCCUUAGCUUCCUCAAUUCGGCUUGGAAGGACCAUCAAACGGCCAUGGUCAUGAUUCGAGAUAUACUUAUGUACAUGGAUCGCGUCUAUGUCGGUCAGAAUAAUCUUCCUAGUGUUUACAAAAUGGGAAUGACUGCUUUCUGUAAUCUUGUACUGCGCUAUUCUGUGAUUAGGGAACACCUGAACAAGACUCUCCUCGAUAUGGUCCGCCGGGAACGCCGUGGAGAAGUUAUAUCGCGUUCCCAAAUUCGAGAGGCAUGCCAAAUGUUCGUGCAGUUAGGUGUAGGUUCCUUAUCAGUUUACCUGGAGGACUUUGAAUUACCUUUUCUAGAACAAUCUAGAGAGUUUUAUCGAUCUGAAAGUGAGGCGUUCCUAGCAGAAAACACGUCUGCUAUUCUCUAUAUCAAAAAGGUGGAGCAGCGUAUUGAGGAGGAGAUCAAAAGAUCGCAUCACUAUUUGGACCCUUCAACGGAGCCUAAAAUAGUCGCCGUUCUCGAAGAGGAACUCAUAAGCAGGCACAUGGAGACCAUCGUGGGAAUGCCGAAUUCCGGACUGACCUACAUGCUAACACAUGAUCGCUUUGAUGACAUUGCUGCAAUGUACAACGUGCUCAGUCGAGUUGAAGAAGGCCCAAAGAUCAUGAGUCACUACAUUAGCUUAUACCUGAGGGAUCAAGGACAAAAUAUCGUCAGGGAAACUGGAAUAUCUACCCCUCAGCAAUAUAUACAGGACUUGCUACAUCUUCGUGAUCGGGCGAACGACCUGCUGAUUGGUGCUCUGAAUAAUCAAACCAUAUUUCGGAAUCAAAUAAAUUCUGAUUUUGAGCACUUCAUUAAUUUGAACGCUCGUUCUCCCGAAUUUCUUUCACUGUUUAUCGAUGAAAAAUUGAAGCGGGGCACAAAAGGCAUGGCUGAUCACGACAUUGAUGCUGUGUUUGACAAGUGCAUUGUGUUAUUCCGGUACCUUCAAGAAAAGGAUGUGUUCGAAGGGUAUUACAAAAAGCAUUUGGCGAAACGGCUGCUCUUGAGCAAGAGUCAGUCGGAUGAUCAGGAGAAAAACAUGAUAUCCAAACUGAUGGCGGAAUGCGGCGCUGUUUAUACCAGUAAACUUGAGGGAAUGUUCAAGGAUAUGGCAGUCUCGAAAACAUUGAUGGAGGAAUUCAACGCCAUGCUACCGGCCAACCACCUCUCUCUCGGUAUUGAUCUUUACGUGCGCGUUUUGACCACUGGCUUGUGGCCGACACAAAAUGUUCCUUGCUGUGAAUCUCUUCCCGAAGAAGCCGCAGCUGCCUUUAAUGUCUAUACAAACUUUUAUCUCAGAAAGCACAAUGGACGUAAGAUCAAUUUGCAAACGAAUAUGGGCUAUGCCGAGUUGGCCGCGCUUUUCUUUGGUCGCGCCUCUAGUUCGGACGGAGCAUCUGGUUCGUUGGCUGUUCCCUGCACGGCCGGCACAGAACUUCUCGCUCCAGGAUAUCUUCUCCGGGGUUCGAGUUCGGGAUCAUCUGGUCAAGCCACAAGUCAGUGCAGUCAGGCCAUGAUGGUCAGUGGUCUGCCAGGUAGUCCAGGAGCCCCUGGAACGCUGGACCCAAAUACUGUCAGUUCUGGACGAUGUGCAGUUCGGAAAUACUUUUUGCAGGUCUCCACAUACCAGAUGGAAAUACUGAUGAAGUUCAAUCGCCGUGGCCGCUACACGUAUCAGGAGCUGAGUAGUGAGACCAACAUACCCGACAAGGAACUGAAGCGGAGUCUGAUGGCUCUGGCCCUUGGUCGUUCCAAUCAGCGUAUUCUGUGCAAAGAGCCAAAAAGUAGAGAAAUCGAGCCAACUGACGUGUUCUCCGUGAAUGACUCUUUUGUAUCAAAGCAUAUCAAAGUCCGGGUCCAGAGCAUCACGGUCAAAGAGAACGAACCGGAGCGUCAAGAGACUCGAACGCGCGUGGAUGAAAACCGACGCUAUGUGAUCGAGGCCACCAUUGUGCGUGUGAUGAAAGCUCGCAAGACGUUGGGGCAUGGUCAUCUGGUCGUGGAGGUCAUCGAGCAAUUGAAGUCACGCUUUGUACCCAAUCCUGUCAUGAUUAAGCAACGUAUUGAAUCGUUAAUAGAACGGGAGUUUCUCGCGAGAAUGGAAGAUGAUCGGCGCGUCUACAAAUACCUGGCUUAGGUUGCAUGGGGGCGCACAUUUCAACAAUCUGUUCAUUGCCUGUUUCUUUCAGCUUCCGUGUCCAACCGCUCACCAUCGAUUCCCCCGUGCUCUUGUCUCUCACUCACCGUCAUGUCUUGUUUGUGCUUACUCGAUCAUGGCGUCGAUGAUGAGCAUUCUGCAGGCAAUCGCCAUCAGGUUCUGCCCGCCGGAGCUCACAGACAUUUCUGCGGCGCCCAAAUACUGGCCUUCCGCAUGCUUUGCAAUUGUGCCCCUCUCACACAGCCUUUCCAACUUGUCUCCUAUGCUGGGGACACAUUGGCACUACUAUUCCGGAUUUCAGUAAACUUCGGUGCAAGCCGAAAUGGUUAUCCCUUUGUAUCCACUAUUAUUCCACUUUGACUGGUACUUCGAUGUUUAAUGUCCCUUGGCAUCACAAUAUUCGCGACAUCAGUCCGCGUACGACGCCGUGCGUCAACUUCCCCUUACAGCAGCCUGUCUUAGCAGUUGUCGGAAAUUCAUGCCAGUUCUUCCUGUCUGAGUUUCAGUCCAAAACGACUGUAUCAAGGCCCACCUGUGUGAUGACCCACUUCCUUUGGUCUUGAUAUUUUCAAUCCUUCCAUCUUGUGUAUAUACAUCGAUAUCCCACAUAGUUCCCAAAAAUGGUUUGUGAAUCUUCAGCAGAGUGGGUCCAUCUUCGCUUUUGGUUGCUUGCCUUAGUGUGAUGGUUAUUCCCCUGCCCUCUGAUCAUUUGAUUCCGAACUCCAUUUUAAACUAUUUGCGCUGUUCCUGCGAUCCACAUACUCGUUCCCCCAACUCUUCUGGCCUAGACGAUCUUGUCUUCGUCGUUUGAAGUACAACGGAAAUUCGCUCGCAUACAGCGUUCUCACUCCGUGAUUCCAAUUUCUGUCACACAUUCUGUUUCUAUUAGUUGAAAGAGGUAGUUUACUUCGCCACAGCAUGUCUGUCAUUGGAGCGCACAUGGCUGUGUUACUUGGACCCACUCUGGCUCCUCUGUCUCAUCCGUUCGUUCCUAUUUUGUCUUCGCUGUACACAGGUUGUGGCGGUAUCACUUAUCCCGAUCGGAACUUUUACUUUCUCUUUUUGUUAAUGAAUAAGCAUUUAUGCCACUUUUCAUUUUCAAUUCUAACCAUUCGUUGUUUGCCUUGUGUUCGGGCUGUCAGCUGGAGCGUUAGGUUGCUACUGCGAAUAGCACUGCUUUGCAUGUCUGUGCGCUGCUCUCUCACACCGGCAUAUAGUUCUCCAUCUGGGUUCACCUUCAGGCUAAUGGUUUAGCAAUUUUGAACUUUCUGCAAAUUGUGCUGCAUCCGAAUCAAUGCUAAAACUGGUCACACCGAAUAACCCUCCAAUGCAUUAUAACUUAAGUCAGUGGAUGUAUCUUGCUGACUUAUCUACAUUCCUUCUAUGUUACGCCAGCAUUCCUGCUUGUCUCUCCUCUGUUAGCUCCCACCAAAUCUAUCUUGAAUAUCUUUUGGUCCAAAAUCGUAAUUAACGACGUCCUUAAUAGCUAACCAGAUGGAUUGAGGUGUUUUGUUGCGCCAACACUUCUUACUCAAAAGAUUAACUUUCAGUCUCUCUUAACUUAGUUCUCUCUGUUUGUUUUUACCUUCCGUCCACUUCUUUUCCCCAGAUAUGUAAUUAUUUUCACAAAAAUCAUCACUGUAUCAGCAAUCUGCGGUGACGCUUUCAUCAGUAGCUGUUUGCACACGUUC